CACAUCCCGGUGCCAAGUAGUAUCAUUGUGAGCUUCAGCAACAGAUGGCGACGGCAGGAGCGUUGAGCCGCGGUUCAAAUCUGUCAGGGCAGAGGUUCUGAUGGCGGAGUCCCGACCUACUUCCUGACUUUUGGUUUCUAACGUUGGAUUUGGAGAACAACCAAGACAUCCGAUUUUGACAUGUUAUUUUCUCUUUAUAGUUGUUUUUUAAAUUUGGUUUGAGUUCAGAUUUCUGCUGGAGGCCUCAAAAGCCUCGGACUAGAUUUGGCGAAAGAAGGAGCCCGGCGUAAAGGAGGCGUCUGCAGUAUCGCUCGUAAAGUUUCCUAAAAUGUGUUUGACCAUUCGUGCUGUUUUUAGGCACUACGGUUUCGCUUUAUAAAGUUGGUUGUGUUCGCGUCACGGCAAAAGGCGGAAUUAAUGCGGAGUAAAUUUAAGUUAAGGAGACAAGCUAACUGCUUAGCUACAUAGCAACGAACUGGACGAAUGAAUGAAGCAGCAGCUUGUAACUACUUGGAUUUAAAAGGAGAAACUGAGUCCAUUAGCGCCACAAGUUAAUGUCACGUUUUUCUACAAGGUGGCACUGAUUUUUCUUUACUCAGGAGAGCAUUUAUGGGCAAGCGUUCCUCGACUGUUUUCACCGGUUUCCCACAUAUGAACAGGAAUGCUUUGCUUGGGAGUGGACGGGCAGCGGCAGUUUAGCACGCGAAGAUAGCGCUGUGUCGGUGCUCCGUCUCCUAAUGUCGAUUAGGAAGGGCGAGAGUUUGGAAUGGGGAACACGGUGUCAUGCUGCGUCUCUCCCGAGUCGAGUCCCAAACUCCCGUCGAGGCAACCCGCGGAGCGGCUGGAGGAGUUCACCAGCACCGAAGUGAGCGACGACAACACCGGGCCCUAUCUGCAGCACAUCAGCGACAGGGAGGUCCCUGAUGAGCUGGCCUUGGAAUUUAAUCCAUCGGACCACGCCCGAGCGAGCACCAUCUUCCUCAGCAAGUCCCAAACUGACGUGCGCGACAAGAGAAAAAGCAACCACAUAAACCACAUCAAUCGAGUUUCUCCCGGUCCGCCGUUGAAGAAGUACAGCUCCUGUUCUACCAUCUUCAUAGACGACAGCACCGUGAGCCAGCCAAACCUCAAAAGCACAAUUAAAUGUGUCACUUUAGCAAUAUACUACCACAUCAAAAACAGGGACUCUGACAGGUCACUGGACAUCUUUGAUGAGAAGUUGCACCCUUUAUCAAAAGAGCCGGUCCCAGACGACUACGCGUACGUCGACCCAGAACACAAACUCAUCUAUCGCUUCGUCAGGACGCUCUUCAGCGCUGCACAGCUCACCGCUGAAUGUGCCAUCGUCACACUCGUCUACUUAGAACGUUUGCUGACGUACGCAGAGCUGGACAUUUGUCCAGCCAACUGGAAGCGGAUUGUCCUGGGAGCCAUCCUGUUGGCCUCCAAAGUCUGGGACGACCAGGCAGUGUGGAACGUCGACUACUGCCAGAUCCUCAAAGACAUCACCGUGGAGGACAUGAACGAAAUGGAGCGCCAGUUCUUGGAACUUCUCCAGUUUAAUAUCAACGUGCCAGCCAGUGUUUACGCCAAGUAUUACUUUGACCUGCGGCAGCUGGCCGACGACAACAACCUCAACUUCCCGCUGGAGCCCCUCAACAACCAGCGCGCUCAGAAACUAGAGGCCAUUUCAAGAUUGUGUGAAGACAAGUACAAGGAUCUGAGUAAAGCAGCGAUGAGACGCUCCAUCAGCGUAGACAACCUGAUAGGUGUGCGGCACUCGAACGCCGUACUCUCGUAGCCCCGCCCACCUGCAGCCGACCCACAGCCGACACCGGACAAACCCACAGAGUCUUCGCAGCCGCAUCAGACGGGGUUCUGCCCGCAAACGCCUCAGCAUGGUGGUCUCCAAUGAAGCUGAAAUUAGAGCUCCAGAGUAAACCGUGAGCCGUCCUUUUCACAGAUCUAUUAUUUAUUUCUCAACAAAACUCUCUUCCCCAGAAACGGUGUUUAAAAGCAAAAAAAAAAAAAAAAAAGAAGGAGCGCUAGAUUUUUAAUUUGUCACAAAAAAAGCAUAAGUAGGAUAAAAAAAAAGUUCAGUCUGUUCUGGCUCGACAGGCGAGGUUUUGGUUGAUUUUUAAUAUUUUGGUUUCUGUGAACAAACCUGUAGAAGGUAUUUGUACUUGCUUAGGUCAACCGGUGAGAUUAUUCAGCCUUCAGAAAACGUAUAUCUGCAGCAGCAAAGUCUCUACAACAAACCCGGAUAUCACAACCAGAGACAAUAUUCCCUUGGUGAACAGGAAAACCCCAUCUCUUUAUCUUUUAUUUGAUUUUACAGCCUACUUUCUUCAAAAUCAUAUUAAAUUAGUGUUGGAAAUAUUUUCUUUUUGGUUUGUUGCUACGUUUUUACAAACAGAGUUUACCUGUUUGGCACCACUUGGAAGAUAAAUUUCAUAUCUUAAUUGUAUCCAAAUAUAUUCACAAACUAUUUAUUGCCCCAUUGAUCCUCAGGUAUGGGUAUUGAGAAUAGCUGCACAGCACUGAGAAAUAUCAGAUGUGAAUGUUUUUUUGGAACAAUUUGAUGUUAGUUUAAACUUUUUCUGAAAAUGCUCAUUUUAUCAUUUUAAUUGGGAUAGCAAAAGAUGUAUUUUGUUUUAUACAGUACUGGAAAAAAAAAAAAGCGUUGAGCUGUCCAUAAUUAAUAUUUUAUGUAUUUUUAUCUUUUGGUGGUCGUGAUCAAAACUUCUCUUGGCUUUCUAAAGGCCCUGACAGAUUCAGAAGAGUAGCAGGAUUUCAUUUCUUGAGCCACGUAACACUGAUGACCUUAAGACAGAAAGAGCUUGAGCCAAUUUGAUAAGUUGCCCGAAUAGUUUACUACUCAGCUGAAUGAGUCACGAGCAUCAAGGUGUAUCUAGGUUUUACUUCCAAACUACUGAAACUGUCUGGUCAUUCCUAGAUACAUCUCUUGUUCACAAGUCACAUCUGAAAACAUCUGUUUAGAAGGGUAAUCAUUAACCUUUCAAAAGAUCCUUUAAAUUUAUUUGACCACUUUCAGGGAACUGAAGAGGUUAGAAAUCCAUCCAGCGAGCGAGAAUGUUAGCUAGAUAGCUGGCGGCCUUAACUAGCUAACUUAAAGUACUAAAUAGAUAGCUUGGUAGCUAACUCAAGGUAAACUAGCCAACUAGCCAGAAAGAUAACAUGAUAGCGAGCUUGCUAGUUAUCAUGUUGGAAAGACAACAUAACUAGCGUACUCGCUAUCGUUCUAGCCGAUUAGCUGGAAAGAUGAUAGCUGUCUAGCUAUCAUGUUACCUAGCUUACUUGCUAGGUGGCUAGUUAGUUAGUUAUGUAUUACGUGUCUAUGUAUCAAAAUAAAACAGGCUACAACAUAAAUUAUAGCAGCAUUGACAUCACAAUAUCAGUGUUUGCUUUUAUAUUCCAAGACAUUCAUCCUCUGAUUACAGAUUACAUAUAAUACACAUGAUGUAGCUCUUCAGCCUCUGCGAUGCUAAUGCUCCCAGAGACUGCUAGAGGCUGUUGGGAAAAUGUGAGUUAAUCAUUGUUAACUCACAUUUUAAUUUGCUCCAGAUAUUAUGCAGCUUGAUUAUUUGAUCAAUAUGGGAAUAUCUGUUGUGUUUCUAUUCAGCAUAAUUGCAUCAUGUUGUGCACUACUGUUAAAGCCGUCUUAUACUGCAACACUUUGAAAGUUUAUCAUAUUAGGGUAGGAGAGUCUGAUUCCUGCCCGUGCCGCGUUCAGUGUUAUGUGGCUAAAAAAAGUAAUUGACAUUGCUGGGAAAAUAGUCUGGACUAAAGCAAAACCUCCAAAAUACUGUUGGGCUUUCAGAGAGACCAAUGGACUGUGAUCAAGACCACUUCAAAAUCAUUCUCAAAGAUAAAUAUAAAAUUCAGAGCUGUUAGGGAUAACUCAAGACUAUUGCGGAGUACAUUUGAGCUGAAGUUUCGAAAGUUGUAGGUAAUCUGAACUGAGCAUGUCUUAUGACAGGAUCUUCCUGGCAACACUCCACUCCAGAUGGUUGGAGUGAUCAAAGCUUCAGUCAGCCGUUGUGCGUCAGAAAUCAGGAGUGCCAAUUGUGGGAUUUGUUGUAAUGCCAUCUGUACAUGUGUACCUUUUUGGAUGAUCAAAUGCUACUGAUUAUAGAUCAGUAUUGCUACUGACUGGACGGGGGGGGGGGGUCUCCCCUUUCUCCCCUUUUUCACCCCCAAUCCUGCUUUUGUUUUAAAGCCCCUCAGAUCUCACUGAAAUCACCCAACCCUUUGUUCAAAACCGAGACAUAGAUACAGAGGGAACAAAAGACUGACGGACAACCCUCUCCUUUUUGCUUACUAUGUAGGCUACUAGCUGUGAAAUUAUUCUUUUUAAUGGAAAGAAGAAUUUGCAAAUGGAGUAUUUUAAAUAAACACUAAUCAUGUGACAAAUA